AUGUCUACGAAAAAGCACGAGUCUGUUAUAAAAGUGAAAUCCAAAGGUCAAGUAGUCAAAGAAGCGAAAGACGACAAGACAGGCUUGACGGAAAUGGCGGGAAAGAUAGAGGAAACAGACGAAAUGAAGCUGAAAAUGUUGGCAGCAGUGGGUAAACCGGAACCGGAAGACCUCUUGUAUCCACCUGAGUUGAAUGCUCAUUUGCUUGAGCAGUUAAAGGUGAUGACAGCUGAGAACACUCAACUUAGAAAAAUGCUGUUCACCAAAGACCAACAGCUGAAAGAACUAAACAAAACCGUAGCGGACCUCAACAACAGAAUACGCGACAUUAUAACCAGUUCCGGUCCAACUGUUUCGUCGAAAUCGGCGGGAAUUAUUAGCGCGAAAAUAACAGAAUUGUGCAAACAGAACCGCCAUCUUGUCGCAGAAGUUGAGGGUUAUAAAACUAAAAACGCAGCUUUGGAGCGAAAGAUAAUGCAAAUAGAAUUGUUAAACCAAGAACAUGAAAAACUAGACAUUUGCGUUUGCCACGAAAAUCCACCUGACGUGGUAACUCCUGACGAAUUAAAAGAGUUAAAUAUGAAACUUGCUGCGGUCAACAAACGCUUGUGUGAUAGUAAGAAGAAGAAUUUGGAAUUGAAGAAUGAGAUUAUAGCCGCGACGAGAAUUCUUCAGCAGGAGUUGGGCGAUAAAUUCACGAGUUUGAAAGAGCUGCAGAAUGAUGUCAUAGGAUGGAAGGGGAGAGCGGAGAAGAUAGUGUUGCUGCAAGCGAAAAUUAACGACUUAGAGGAGAAGCUGAAUUUGAAACAGAAGGAGGCAGAUCCGAAGAAAAUGGAUCAGGGACAGAUAAUAAAAGAGAUCGAAGCAAAACGCAAGAAGGAGAUGGAACAAGCAUUGAAAGAUUACAAACUUGUCAAAGAUGAGAACCAUGAUCUGAAGAAGAAGCUGGAAGCAGCUAAAUGUAGGACGAGGAACCUGGAGUGCGACGCCACGACAAUCCGGCAGAAGAUGCAGACGUUUAUGGAGAAGAGUAACGCUGAUGAUAUGCUGAUCAAUGAGCAAAGGAAUCAAAUCAAAGCUCUAGAGUUGUAUUACCAAGACAUUCUAAAAGAGAAUACCAUCAAAAUUAACAAGAUGCAUAAUGAAAUUAUAGAAUAUCAGAAGCUGAACAAAAAUAUUGAGUCUAAAGUAGAUGCCCUCAGAAAACAGGCGACGGAAAAAGCCGCUAAAAUUGAAGAGCUGAGGGCUCAACUGCUUAGAUACGAAGAAUGUUCGUUGCAAAGCGUCUUCUUCACCCCAAUGAGAACGGCUACAGACAAUGAAAUACAACGAUUGACUGAACUAGUCGUGAAGCAGAACGAAAGAAUCGACGCCGAAAGAAAUAAAUGGGAGGAGUUAGAAGCGUCCCAUAGAAAACUCAAAGAAAAGAAAAGAAGAUUAGAAAAAAGAUUAGCAUUGUUGGAAGAGGAAUUGAAAUUCGUCACGGAAUCUAAAAGAGGUUCGCGAGCGUCAAAAUCUUCGUUGCCAAAGGAACACCAUGAAUUUAGCAUGCCUAUGAAGGAUCCGUCAGUUACGAAGAAAAAAUCACAAUCAGUAGCCACUAUAGCUGAGAAACCAAGCGAAAGUACGACGACAGAAUCCCAACAGGAUAGUUAUGAAUAUCUAGAUAAAGACGAGCUUAGAUACAAACUAGAAUUAACUGAUGAAAAGCUCAAGAUUUUGGAAGACAAGUUAAAAAUGGUGGAGGAAGAGAAACAAGAAGAUUAUAUUCACCUGACCGAGAUGAUUCAGAAUUCAAAGCAGUUGUUCAACGAAGCUCUGAUGGUGUUGCAAAAGGAGAAAUGUAUUUGUAACUAA